CUAAAUUAAAAUAUUCAAAAGUAAAAACGUUUCUGGUGUUUUUUCGGAGUUUUUUGUUAGCCUGAAUCUGGACUCCAUGUCCCGUAGUUCCGUGUUUUUGUCUACUUCCCCUUGUUUUGCGCAUGCUCACAUUGAUGGACAAUGCGGAUUUCGAAGCUAAUAAAAUUAGCUAGCUAGUAAGCUAAAAACAAUCUUUUUGUUGUUAGGCUUUAAACCGAGGAAAUGUCUAAAACGCAUCCACCGCCCCCGGUAUCUUCGGCAGCGACGACCACCGGGGGUCCCUCUUCGUCCUCGUCGCCUUCGCCCGCUGGGGGUUCGACAUCUCCCGCAACCGUGAACGUGCAGCCCGAGAAACCCCAACAUUACACAUACCUGAAAGAGUUCAGAACGGAGCAGUGCCCCCUGUUCGUCCAGCAUAAAUGUACACAGCACAGACCUUUCUCCUGUUUCCACUGGCACUUCCUGAACCAGCGGCGCCGCAGACCCAUCCGCAGACGGGACGGGACCUUCAACUACAGCCCGGACGUUUACUGCACCAAAUACGAUGAGGGGACGGGCGCCUGUCCCGAAGGAGAUGACUGUCCCUUCUUGCAUCGAACGGCGGGCGACACCGAGCGACGGUACCACCUGCGCUACUACAAAACCGGAUCCUGUAUCCACGAGACGGACGCCAAAGGCCACUGCAGCAAGAACGGCUCGCACUGCGCGUUCGCGCACGGAUCACAUGACCUGCGCACGCCCGUCUACGACAUCAGGGAGGUGCAGGUGAUGGAGUCUCAGGGCGGCGCGGGGAGCGGCGAGGGGAGCGGGGGGGACUUGCAGUCGGGCCAGGCGGCGAGCACGGCGCUGAUCGAGAAGAUCCUGAGCGAAGAGCCGCGCUGGCAGGAUAACGGCUACGUGCUGUCCCACUACAAGACGGAGCUCUGCAAGAAGCCCCCCCGCCUGUGUCGUCAAGGUUACGCCUGUCCGUACUUCCACAACAGCAAAGACAGGAGGCGGAGCCCGCACAAGCACAAAUACAGAGCGCUCCCGUGUCCCGCGGUGAAACAGAGCGAGGAGUGGGGGGACCCCAGCAAGUGCGAGGGGGCGGAGGCGUGUCAGUACUGCCACACCAGGACGGAGCAGCAGUUCCACCCCGAGAUCUAUAAAUCCACCAAGUGCAACGACAUGCAGCAGAGCGGCAGCUGCCCCCGCGGACCCUUCUGUGCCUUCGCCCACGCCGACAAGCCCUUCGUUCCCGAGGAGCCCGCUUUCCCCGGAUCCCCUCCCUCCUCCAGACCCCCGGACCCCCUCCCGGGCCAGGAGGCCUGUCAGAGUCCCGGCAGUCGCUCGGACCCCUUCUCCCCGACGGCCACGUCCUGCUCCGCGGCGCAGGGCCUGCUGGGAAGUGUCCUGUCCAUGUGCGAGGACGCCAGCGGCAGGGCGGAGCCUCUGUGUCCGUGGGCUGGAGAGGGGGGGUACGGCAGGGCCCCUGGAUUCGAGCGGGAAGAUCAUACCAAACAGAGGAGCUUUGGAGAACAACGGAGCCGAGAGUUCUCUGCACAGAGCAAGCAGGACCUGCUGGUCUUCCUGCCAGUCGGCAGCCCGUUGAGUCUUUCCUCCAGCAUCCCGUCCAGUCUGGCAGCCACCCCCCCAAGCCCCGCCCCGUUUGGACCGCCUGGGUCGGGCAUUUCGUCGGGCAUGAACGCCAACGCCCUGCCCUUCUACCCCACCAGUGAGACGGUGGAGUCGGUGGUUGAGUCGGCUCUGGACGAUCUGGACUUGAACGAUUUCGGCGUGUCGGCGCUGGAGAGGAGUUUAGAGAGCAGCCGCUCCAGUGUGGGCGUCAUGUUAGGAGGCAGCCAGCUCCAGAGUUCUGCCCCCGUCAACAUUCCCGGAUCCUUCAGCGGCGCCGCUCCUUUCAGCUCGCCCUCGCCAUCGCCCCCUGUCAGGCCGCACGCCUCGUCUUUCUUCUCCACUAACCUGUCGCAGCCCAGCCAAUCAGAGAGCUCCUUCCUGGGCCCCUCCCACAGCUCUUUGGGUCUGAACGGCAUGAGCACCAGCAUCUGGGAGCACUUCCCCCCCGCCCAGGGCUCCCCCGGGACGCCCCCCGCCCUGCUGUCGUCCGGCCUGUCGGCGGAGGCCGGCCGGCUGAAGCAGGAGCUGGAGGACGCCCACAGGGCGCUGAAGCAGUGGGGUCACAGCUGGAGGCACACAGCUCAGGCGUGGACGGCGCUCAAAGCGGAGGCGGAGGAAUCGCGCUCCAACGCCACGCGAGUGUCCAUGGAGGCGGAACGUGCACGGCAGGCGGAGGAGGAGGCGCAGCGGCAGAUCACUCUCCUGCAGGAGGCGCUGGAGAGCCUGCGGAGCGGAGACAAUCCCCACCUGGCCCUGCAUCAGCUGCAGCUGCUGCACCGGCUCCCCCUGGAGGCGGUGCAGAGCCUGCAGGCGCAGCUGUGUGCCUGUCUGCACGCCGUGGAGCAGGUGGUGUACAGGAAGCAGAGGAGGUGCUGCGUGACCUGUGGGGAGCAGGGCUCGCUGACGCUCCCCUGUGGCCACGGCCUGCAGUGCGAGAGCUGCUCCGCCUCCACGGAGUGCCCCCUCUGCCCCGAGCAGACCCCGGAGCCGCUGUCCUGACCCCGGGACCGGUCCGUCCUGAUUCCACACAGACCAGCCGGCGUGGCGACGCAGCGCCGAUCCGGACGCCCAUGGCGGCAGCUCGAAGCAGGGAGGCGGAAAAUGCGGGCGGCGAGGCGGCAACGCUUCUGUCUUUGACCACAAACACUGUUGAGAGCUGGAGCAGACCAGCUGUCACUUCUGCUGGGGGAGACGGGAUGAUCGGACACUAAACAGCAGAACCUUUGCAGAACCUUCGACCUGCCUGAAGCUGCUGCUUCACGUUCCAGAUUCAGAUCAAGCAAUACGGAGCCUGAAGGUUCUGGACGGCCGCUGGCUCGUCUUCCGGCCCAAAACGCUCAGGUUUCCCCAACAGUCUGCAGGAGUUUCCAGACCCCUGAGCUGCUCUAAAGCUCGCUCUGCCAAACAUUCCCUGACCUGAGUGUGGGUAUAAUAUAUCAUAUAUAUUAUAUAGAAUAUGUAGUAAAGGGAGGUUCUCUCUGGCACUGACUGGAAGGUGUUGACGAUCACUGUGAUGGUCUGAGGCGCCGCUCGCCGGCGCCGCUCCAUCUUUCAGAGUCUUUCUGUUUUUGGUACUGAUCAUUAAAAGUCUAUUUUUGGAGGAA